CAGUGUCCAUUGCAGUCCCUCGCCACAAAAUCCCUUGAUACGUUAGCUGUUACGGGCAAUAUUAUGAUGGCUCGUGACAGACAGCUUAAAAAACUAGCAUCGUAGUUCGUAGUUAAGGGGAUUGCUGCACAGCCCAAAAUUGUACCAAGUCUCUCCUGAAAGAACAGGUCGACUGAGAGAAACCUGGGGAAAUUUUUCAAAAUUGGAGCUUUUUUUUAUCAAGAGUUAAAAACAAGACUCACGAAAGCUACUCAAGUAAUGGUGUCUAGUAUGGUACAACGGAAACUGCUGUAUCAGUAGCAAGUAUUGGUUGAUCUACGAGUUCCAUAAGGUGUUAAGUGUGCGAAAGUGAACUUUCAUUAUGGGCAUCUCUGUUCGUAUGUUCAAUGUUAUUCUGAUCGGAUUUACUUUUAUGCUCGUGUUUACCGCUUUUCAGACAGGUGGCUUAAUCCAGCAAACUGUACUGAAGUCGAUUCAAAACGAGACCAACGGAGAAUACACCGGAGAUGGAUACUGGUCGUUUUGUAUUAUCUACGCCGUCUUCGCUGUGUCAAACUGGAUCGCACCAUCCAUCAUUGCCCUUAUGAGUCCACGAGUCUCGAUGCUCGUAGGCGCCAUCACGUACAACUUUUUCAUCUCGCAAUUUCUCUAUCCAACCGCAGAAGGUCUUUACAUUGCAUCUGCACUAGUUGGAUCCGGCGCAGCAGUUAUAUGGACAGGACAAGGGACAUUUCUAACAAAAAACUCAACCAAGGAGACGAUGUCAAGGAACUCCGCUAUCUUUUGGGCAAUGAUGCAGCUCUCACUGAUUUGGGGAAACAUUUUUGUCUACUUCGUGUUGGUCGGUAAGGAGCAUAUCGAUAAGGAAACUCGUAUACUCGUUUAUGGAGGUCUACUCGCCGUCGGAAUAAUCGGUAACCUCCUAAUGAUCUGCUUCCGAAGACCGCCGCAGGACAAUGACGAUGAAGAAGAAGAAAAAAAAACGUUAUUCGUCAGUGGAAUCGUAAACUCGUUUGCUUUAUUGAAAACGUCAAAGAUGUUACUGCUUUCCAUCGCUUUUAUCUACACUGGGCUAGAGCUGUCUUUCUUCAGUGGAGUCUAUAGUACUGCUAUCGGUUUCACCAUGGAGUUUGGUGAUGACAGCUCUAAGUAUGUGCCAAUUAGUGGCCUUCUCAUAGGAACUGGCGAGGUGCUAUCUGGUUUGGCGUUUAGCAUAUUCGAUGACUACACGAAACGUAUGGGACGGAGCAAAAUAGUCCUGAUGGGUUUUGUGGUUCAUGUGGCUACAUUUGGCCUAGCUUUUAUCAACCUACCUGCUAAUUCGGUGCAUGGAAAAACCAAAGACAACGGAAUCAUUCAUUCCAGUAUCGAGCUGGCGCUGCUCUGUUCGUUCCUUCUCGGCUUCGGUGAUGGUUGUUUCAAUACCCAGAUUUACUCGCUGAUUGGGUAUGUAUACAGUAAGGAUAGUUCGUCGGCGUUCGGACUUUUCAAGUUUAUGCAAUCUAUUGCAGCCGCAGCUUUCUUCUUUUUGUCCACCAUACUUAUUCUUCCAUAUCAGCUGGGGGUUCUGCUAGUUUCUGCUUCCCUCGGCACGAUAUGCUUCAUGUGCGUUUCAGGUCAUGCACCGGAGUCAGACGAAGAAGAAAGUGACUCUAAUCACGUAUCUAUGCAAAGGAGCGAAUGUGAAGAGUAGUCGUUGGCGGCAUUGAAGCGUUGCUAUUAAUGUUACUGUAUUGUAGCAGUGAUUUUAGCGGUAAUUCUGCUGUAAUAUUAUAAUUCGUCAGAUCUUCACUACCAUUUUUUCUGUGUUUAAGAGAGAAGGCCUAUUAGGAUUUCUGAAAAAGAUGACUAGGAUUUGAAUGAUAGCCAUUGGCGCUUAAUUGUCGAAUAAUUUCAGUAUUCUUGAAAACAUUAGCGUUAAGUUUUAAUUUUAGAUGAAAUAAAUAGAAAUUCUAUCAUACGAAGUAAUUACUUAUCAAUUUACACAACAUCAAUGACUACAACGUAUCCUGCUUCCUUCUGCCGCAUACACUUGUUUACACACACAUAGGCGCAGACCCUUAUUCUUAAGGGUGACAAUAUAGAUAUAUUUCGUCUAGCGCAAUAUGGACUAAUAUGGUACUUAAUUAAGUCAUUAGUUCUCGACAGGAAUUAUUUAGAUUUACACCAAUUUAUGUGUAACUAGCAAUGAAAUCUGCCUGCGUUACGGUGGUCGUCAGCCGUAUUGAGUGGCGUAUGCGAAGACAGACUUCUUAAUCUUGUGAGAAGCUUUUUGCAUUAUAAAACGAAGUUUAGCGAAGACUGCUAUGUUGUGUACGAUGCGCAAUUCGUAAGUAAAAUGUAGCGUCAUGAAAAUAUUAUAUAUUCCCGAUGAAUAGGACUUUUUUUUCUCACACGGGUCCCCAUCGAGGGAGUUCUUUUCACGAGCCCUGAUAGUUUCACCACGCUGCAAAAAAACUACAAAUCUGUGUGUAAAACGUCUGUUCUACAGAAGCGUAUGAAACAAAAGUUGAGGCUCAGCUAUUGAUAUCAACACAGAUCAUAUGCCGAGAGGUGAAGAUUCACAGAUUCCACGUAAGCAUUGUAUCUUUCGUUGUGAAAUUCAAGAUUGCUUACUGUCCUUAUUGUACGACAUGUAGAUACAUUCAGCGUCGUUAUUGAAACAUAGAUGGAUAACUUUACUUCAUAUAGUUUGUCCUAAAUGGUCUGAUGGGGAGUUUUUUCAAAUAGUUUGCAAAGGCUACU